GUUUAUUCAUCCUCGUGGGAAGCAAGCGGUGAAAAAGAGAGAAGAGACCGUCGAGAUCUGCCAGUGCCGGCCAGCAAAGCGAGCGCCGAUGGCCGCCGUCGCCCCCGCGCCGGAGGACCGCGUGGCCGCCGACGCCGUCAAGCUCGUGGCCGCCCACGUGGAAGACGACGAGCAGCGAGGGGGCUGCUGCUGCUGCUGCGGUGCCGCGCCUUCGUCUGUGGCGAGGCGAGCCACGUCCUGGUGCCGCCGGAAGCUCGCCUCGCGCCCCGUGGUCCUCGGCGGACCGACCGAGCCAGGGGCCAAGCGGGUGCUCGUGGCGGUGGCCGCCGGCACGGAGCCGCUGGAGGCGGCCGCCGCGGCCGACAUCCUCGACCGCGCCGGCGCCAGGGUCACCGUCGCCACCGCGUCCGAGGGCCUCGUGGUGGAGGCCGGCCAUGGGGUCAGGUUCGCCGCGGACGGCAGAGUCGCCGGCCUGGAAGCAGAGGAGUUCGACCUCAUCGUCCUGCCGGGAGGUAUGAAAGGAUCAGCCAACCUUGGGGACUGCAAGCAGCUGGAGAAAAUGGUCAGGAAGCACACGCAGUCGGGGCGCCUGUGCGCCGCCAUCGGCGCGGCGCCGGCGAUGGUGCUGGCCCGGUGGGGCGUGCUCAAGGGCUUCACGGCGACCUGCCAUCCGGCCCUGCUGGGGCGGCUGGGCGACGACGACGGGGUGAUCGCCGUGGAUGACAGGGUGGUGAAGGACAGGAACGUGGUGACCAGCCAGGGCGUCGGGACGGCGAUCGAGUUCGCGCUCGAACUGGUGGAGCAGCUCUACGGCGAACUCAAGGCACACGAGGUCGCCGGACCUUUGUAUAUGCGGCCCCAGCAAGGAGGCAAGUAUAGCAUCCAAGAGUAUAAUCAGAUCCAAUGGAAAUGCACGGGCACACCACGGGUUCUUGUGCCGGUUGCCAACGGCUCGGAGGAGAUGGAGGCUCUCAACCUGAUCGAUGUCCUGCGCAGGGCAGGCGCACGCGUCACGGUCGCGUCGGUCGAGGACACGCCACGCAUCUUGACCCGCCAUUACAAGCUCAAUCUAAUCGCUGAUGUGAUGCUUGAACAGGCUGCUGAAAUGGAGUUCGACCUCAUCGUCAUGCCGGGUGGUCUUCCAGGUGCUCUCAAGUUCACUAGCAGUGAGAAACUUGUGGGCAUGCUGAAGAAACAGGCGGAAUCUGGUAGACCCUAUGGUGCAAUAUGCGCUUCCCCUGCUUACGUCCUCGAGCCACACGGAUUACUCAAGGGUAAGAAAGCAACAUCAUUUCCACCCAUGGCGCACCUGCUUACAGACCAGAGCGCGUGUGAAUACAGGGUCGUCGUCGACGGUAACCUUAUCACGAGCAGAGCGCCAGGGACCGCCACAGAGUUCGCCCUAGCCAUCGUCGAGAAGCUAUUUGGUGAGGAGAAAGCGGUCGCAUUAGCCAAGGAGUUGGUUUUUAUGUGACAACGUGCAUCGUUGAGGCUGGGAAUGCCCAUUUUACAUGGCUAAUAUGGGGCUCUAUCUAGGUUGGUCGCUUGUUGAUUAUGUAUAAGCUAUAGGUACACAUAUUAAACAAUCCCGUCUGAUAUAUCUGAUGAAUGUCAGUUUGAAGAUCUUUAAUAAGGUUGACAUGGACUGCAAAGCAGCUAUUGUUCAUAAUGGAAUUACAACUCAGAUGCA